UCGAGGUCCGUCUCUCCCACCUGCCUGCUGCUAUUACGGCGCAGCAGUACAGUAAUCGUGUCCUGACGGCACCUCAGGACAGAUGACAAUUUCACACUCCCCAAAACUAACCACUGCCUUGCCUUUCCACCUCGCUGGUUGAAGCUGUCGUUGCGUUUGGUCGCUUUCCGAGCAGCAAAGUUGCCCAGGAUGGACUCGAAGCGAGAGAAAGAUCAAGAUGCAGACUGCGAGAAGAUCACCGCCGUGCUGCUCAAGUCUCGUACAGGAGAGUUCGAUCUGGAGUCGAUACUGUUUCUCAAAUUGAGAGGUCUCGGUAUACAUGAUCUUGGAUGCAUCGGGGAGUGUAUAAAUCUGGAGAGACUGGACCUGUCUGGAAAUAACAUCUCAAAUUUAGCUCCUCUGGCAUCCCUUCGGCUUCUCUCUGUACUCAAUUUGUCUGCCAACAGGAUCUCCAAUUUGGAUCCCCUGCGCAGCUGUGACGCUUUACAGAACUUGAACGUAGCUGGUAAUGUUAUAUCCAGCACUGAGAACCUACACUGCCUUGUUCCUUUGAGAAAGCUUGAAAGUAUACGUCUUAAGGACAACACGUAUAAUUACACUAAUCCAGUGUGCAGGAACGUGUCGUAUAGAACCGUAGUUCUUGAGAUGUUCCCCAACAUCAAAGUGCUGGAUGGUGAAAGAGUUGUUGGACGCGGGAGUGACUUGUACCAGUUAUGCAAAGACAUUGAUGACACCAUCAAAGCUGGUCUAUACAAGAACGGACAGCUUAUUGAACAUCCCGAUUGCAAGCCAUGGGUGGAAGAUACCUACUGGGAGAUAAAGAGAUCAAACAAUGCCAUUGUUGAAGAAGCUUACAAACAAUUUAAUGAUGUUCUUCAUGAAUGCAGACUCCUCAACAACAGAGCCACUCAUGUAAUUUCACAAACUGAAAGAUCCAUGAGCCUGAAGAAGCAGCCAAAGCAGUUUGCCAUUUAAAUUGGGCUAUUUUUGGACACGUUUCGUGUGCAAUAUUUAGCAACUUUUUGUUGUUGUGCGAUAUACCAUGACUAAUGUACUGUAGGUUUUUCAAAUUACCACACUAUAUCCAAAUGCUUGAUAAUUAUCAUUGCCGGGAACACAUGCUCUGUGUUGCAGUGUGUAGCAUUUGUUCAAGUUGUACGCAUCCUAUGCAUUGGACGAAACAUGUACGUGGUUUGAAAACCUUUACCCAUACUGACAUCCCUCAGUUUGGCUCAAAGAUGUCUUUACUUGCACAGUGUGCAUUUUGUACCAUGUUGUAGCCUGCUUUUAUGCUGGAAGCUAUGCUGCUUAUGAAUUUCUAUAGGUUUUCGUAAUUAAAAGCUUUUUUCCAUUUUGCAUUGCUGGAUAAUUUGGGGAGUUAAUGUGUCCCAUGCUGUAUGCUUUCCUCGUAAGUUGAAUUUUUUGCAAAAAAAACCAAUGUGAUUGAAUGAUUGUUGCAGCCGUUUCUACUUGUUUUAUACCAUAAACUUUACUAUGUGUACAGCGGACCUGUGGAAAAUACAACGCUUUCAAAGGUG